AUGUCGGAGGUGGAAGCGGGUAAAGAAAAAGAGGGGUUCGACGUGGGUGAAUUCUUCCAAAAGAACCUCAACAAGGGCGAGCUGGCCUUGAAACGGGCCGUAGGACUCGGGGCGCAACCCAAUGCCAUACCGGAAGGCGAGCCGGUGCACGAUGCCGAGCCGCGGCCGGUCGAGAUUGGCUGGCACCCGGUCGGGGGGCUGGCGGGCAAGUGGUUUGCGACGAGCACGGGGCUGGGCAAGAUGAUUACGGAGCGGACCAACAAGUACCCCGACCCGACGCAGCACUGGGCGGUGCUCGUGGGCGACUACGUGCACCAGCUGUGGAUGGACGAGCGGUUCCACGUCAUCUACAUCAACGGCCGGAUUGACCGGGCCGAGUGGCAGACGUUUAGCGUCGGGCAGACGCGCUUCAACGACGACGCGCUGCGGCGCGCGGGCGAGACGGUCAUUGCCGCCAUCCGCGACAAGACGCCCGCGUACAACCUCAUCUCCAACAACUGCCAGACGUACGCGCUGCAGCUGCUCGACGCCAUCAAGGUCGGCGCCCGCAAGGAGUUUGGCACCACGCUCGCCGUGUACGACCGCCUGCUGGGGCCCGGCAAGGUCGCCGACCUGUUUGACAGGAAUGGGCUGCAGAUGCUCGCCGACGGCACCGACACCGCCGGCGCCGCCACCGCGCCGCCGCUGCAACAAGGCGACGACGACGACGAGAACACGGUCGGACUCGCGCAGCAGCUCAUGCACGACCACACCGCGCAGCUGGAUGCGCACGAGCAGAUGAACAAGAAGAGCGGCGAGCUGACCCCGCCCCGCGAGGCGGCCGAGGCCGGCGAGAGGGGUGCGGCACAGGCGUCCCGGGAGCUGCAGGGAGAUAACGGGGCCCAGGAGAGUGUGAGCGGUGACAGGGAGAGCAAGAGCAGCGAAGUCAAGAAGCAAAUUAAAAACAUCUUUAAUCGUUUCUCGCGAAAUAAGUCUUGA